AUGGUAGCUCCCGCCUCUGGUGUUCUCACCUCCGCUCUGACCAGGGCCAGGGCCUAUCUUCUUGAGGUGCGAGCUGCGGGCGCACCGGGCGCCGCGACCGCGGAUGCUUUGCUCUCACGAGCGGAGCAGGCCGGGAACACGGUGGACCGGGAGAUCGAGGAGAUGGACCGGGAGCUGCAACGGCAAGUGGCCGAGUUCCGGAAGCAGCAGCGGCGUGAUUCGCAGCCCGGAUGCGAGGAGCCUUCGCCCGAGUCCGCGGAGGCCCCGGCGCCGUGCCCUCCGAGCCUCCUGGAUCCCGAGAACGCCGAACUGCGCGAGCUCAAGGACCUUGCGGCCAAGAUGGACGAGGCCUUUCCAGAGGGCGAGGGCGCGGCGCCGCAGCCGCCGGCAGCUGCAGACGAGGCCCCAGAUGCGGAGCCGGAGGACACGGAGGUGUCGGAGUUCAAGAACCUCCUCGAUCAGCUUGACCUGCGCCUCAGGGCGCUGCAGAGCAAGGAGGCGCUGAAGCUGCCCUUGGACGAGGCCCCGGCCUCCGUGGUUCCCAAAGCCGUCACCGAGACCUUGGAGUCGCUCCGAUCCCAGAACCGCUACCUUCGCGAGCAGCUGGGCUCCGAGCGACGGAAAGGAAGGCUGGACUUGGACCGCCAGCUCAACCUAUUGCUCUUGGAAGAGCUGCGUCAGAAAAAGAGGCUGAGGUGCAGAUGGGCAAAGCAGCAAGAGGAGGAGGAGGAGCAGGAGGAGGAGAAGGAGGUGUUUACCGGGCCGAAAGGAGCUGAUCCUUAUGAAGGGAUUGGCGUGGAUACGUCGCUCCACAGCAUCCCCCGGGAGAAGCGCAUGUCGUUCCACGACACCCACAAAGUUUACUCGCGGCUGGAGGCCAUGAAAGUGGCCAAGGAGCAGGCCCUUGUCCGGGAAAGGGCGGCCGACUACACGAAAGAUGGGAGGGAGGUUCCACGCGAGCUCCUGAGCAAGUACAAGAAACAAAUCGCCUUGAAGCUGGACCAAAGUGGCCAGCGCCGGAAGGGCGAGCGGCGGACUUCGGGCAUGGAGAAUCCAAAGCCUACGCCGCCACUGGAGGUUCCGCCGGCUGGAACGAACGGCCAGCGGCUCCCUCAAGCCCCGCCCCCAGCAACUCCUCCAGCUGCGAACCCGCCGGCAGCCGCGGCAGCCGCGGCUGGCAUCCCCACGAUGCCCGGGAUGCCCGCAGCGCACUAUGCCUGGCCUCCUGGGCAAGGAGGGCCAACCCCUCGAAUGCCACAGACCACAACAGGCUUCACGGGCGCCUAUCAGCCGUACGGGUUGCCUGCACAGGGACAGACCCCGGGACGCGGCGAUGGCCUGCCGAGGUAUCCACUUCCGCCUGGGCCCUCGCUGUUUACACCACCAAACUUGAGUCCACCGAUCGGAUUCCCGCCCCCGGUGCUGCCACAGUCCGCGGCGGUUCCGUCUGUGGCCGUCGCCUGUGUAAGCAAGAGCUGGGUGCAGUUCCAGGUGACCCCCGCGCCGAUGACGAACCGGAUCUCCAACAGAUCCGCCCGGUCCACCGGGGCCCGGCGGGACGAGGAUCGAGACAAGGUGGAGGAGAAGCCCCAGAGGAGGUCCAUCCAUUCGGAGGACUACGAGCUCGCGCAGUCCGAGGCCGACCGGAUCGAGUCCAUGAAGAACUUGGCCAUGGCCUCGCGGCAGACAUCGAAGACCAGGACCAAGCUGCAGUCCUGGGCCCGGAAGAUGCAGCAAAAGGCCGCGAGAGUCGCCAACUCUUUGGCCUUCAACGUCUUCUUCGGCGUGGUCAUCGUUUCCAACUCCGUAUUUUUGGGCCUCCAGCUGGAGUGGAGUGCCUGGCAGGUGGAUCAACUCGUGGAGCCCGCGUUUCUUGCCGGGCACCUUAUCUAUGCGACCUUGUUCUCGGUGGAGAUGUUCAUCCGCUUCAUCGCAACCGGUCCCAAGACGUACUUCUUUGGGCACUCGUGCGCUUGGAAUUGGCUGGAUAUAUUUGUCGUGGUCCCGGCCUGGGUGGAAAUCUGCAUGGACAUCGCAUCUGCCAACGCUACAGAGCCGGGGACCGGAGCCAGCAACUUCCGCAUCAUCCGGGUGUUCAAGCUCACCAGGCUGCUUCAGGUGCUGCGAUCAGUGCGAAUAGUUCGCUUCGUCAGCGCUUUUCGCGCGCUGGUCUACUCGGUGAUCGACACGACGCGGCAACUGCUGUGGGCCAUGGUCCUGUUGACCCUGAUUAUCUACAGCUUUGGUAUCCUCUUUACCGAUGCCGUUCUCUAUCACCUGUUCUGGUUCGACGAGCCAAACGAUGCGGAUUUGAAGCUAUAUUUUGGGAGCGUCUUUCAUUCCUGCACAACACUCUUCCGUGCAUUGAUGAAUGGCUUUGACUGGAGGGAAGCCGCUGACGCUCUGCUGCCUUUGGGCGAAUUCUGGGUACAGCUCUUUCACCUGUACAUUGCUUUCUGUGGGCUGGCAGUUCUCAAUGUCAUCACAGGAGUGUUUGUGAAUAGUGCCAUCAAGACACGGGAAAAAGAUCACGAAACGCUCAUGCAAAAUAUGUACAAGCUCAAAGAUCUCGUCGGAGACUUGUGGAAGAAGAUGGACAAGGCAGGGGCGGGGAAGAUCACCAUCAUAGAUUUCGAGCGCAUGUUUGAGGAGGAGGACAUGAGAGCCUUCUUUGGUGCAAUCGAGAUGAAUGCCAUGGACGCAUGGACGCUCUUCGAUAGCUUGGACGCCGAUGGGGACCACCUGAUCAGCUUUGAGGAGUUUAAGGAGCGGUGCUUGCAGCUCCACGGACCAGCCAGAUCAGUGGACCUCUUUGCCUUGAAGCAGCAGAACAACAAGCUUUGGGAGGAGCUCAUGGCUGUGCAGCAAGGUACCCACCAACUCUCCGAGCUCGUGGUGUCACUGGGCACUCUCGUGUCGGGAGCGCUUCCUGGCGGGAUGGAGUCCGUGGAGCUGAAGUGGCCCGAAACACCUCGUGAGGAGCCUCGGGACAGGUGA